AUGCUGAUGGACGUCUAUCGCGACGAACGCCCCGGGAUACGCAUCGCCUACAGAACGGACGGUCGUCUGCUGAAUCAAAUGCGCAUGAGCUUCCAAUCGCGCGUAUCUACAACCACCGUCCACGAACUUCUCUUCGCCGACGACUGCGCCCUGAACACCACCUCGGAAGAGGAGAUGCAACGCAGCAUGCACAUAUUCACAGGCGCCUGCGAGAACUUUCGGCUGGUCAGUAACACGCAGAAGACGGUGGUGAUGCACCAACCGCCACCCAACUAAGCCGCAGCCCCCAACGCGCCGCCGCCGCCUCAAAUAAGCGUGAACGGAACCCAACUGCAAGUGGUGGCGAACUUCCCGUACCUGGGCAGUGCCCUCUCGCGCAACAUCAAGAUCGAUGACAAAGUCGUCAACAGGAUCUCGAAAGCCAGUCAAGCCUUCGGUCGUCUCCAAAGCACAGUUUGGAAUCGUCAUGGUCUCCAACUGAGCACGAAGCUGAAAAUGUACAAGGCCGUCAUCCUGCCGACGCUACUGUGUGGAGCGGAGACUUGGACGGUGUACACGAGGCAGGCACGCCGUCUAAACCACUUCCACCUCAGCUAUCUUCGUCGCAUCCUGAGGCUAAACUGGCAGGAUCGCAUCCCCGACACUGAUGUGCUGGAACGUACGGGAAUGCUCAGCAUAUACGCCAUACUGAGACAAAUGCAGCUGCGCUGGAGCGGCCACCUGGUGCGCAUGGACGACGAGCGACUACCCAAACGACUCUUCUACGGAGACGUCGCGACGGGUUCUCGUCGUCAAGGCGGCCCAAUUCGUCGAUAAAAUGACACCGUGAAGUCCUCCCUGAAGCGUCUGUAAAUCAACCACACCAACUGGGAAGAGCUCGCACUCGAUCGACCGACCUGGAGGAGGACAGUGAAGACAGGCGCUGCGAUCUACGAAGCCAAUCGCAUAGCGGCCGCAAAGGCGAAAAGCGAAGCCCGCAAAUCACAACUUCGCCCAGUAAGUUACGCCGCCGCACAACCGCUUCCAACGUGUCCUCGAUGUCAACGGACAUUCCGGGCUCGAAUCCGAAUUGUUGGACAUCUUCGAACCAACUGCGCCUCUCGAUCUGCACCAACCAUCCUCCCCACGCCCGCCUCUGCCUACCCGCCGUCGCCAACUAACUCUGACAAUUCCCCUGAACCACCACUUCCAUCCUCCUCCUCCUCCUCCUCCUCCUCCUCCUCCUCCCCCACUGACCCAGCGGCGGCCGCUCAGUCGGCCGUCUCGCACAUCAACCCCGACACAACAACCGACACCACCCCCACCUCUCCCGAUUCCAGUGAAGAGGAAAAGGACUACACCUGCCCUCACUGCGAUCGCACCUUUACCUCACGCAUCGGCAUGGUCGGUCACUUGCGAAUCCAUCGCACAGAGACUGGCGAGCCAGUGUCUGGAGCACCAACCUACACCCACCGCACUCGCCUCCACUGCCCACACUGCCCUCGCACCUUCACUCCCCGCAUGGGUCUAUUCGGCCACAUGCGCAUCCACCAGAGCGGAAUUGACCGCAACCUCGACACACCCAACCCGCCGAGCCAUACUCCCAAUUCAUCUCCUUUAGCACCCACCAACCACUCUCCAACCGACAUCGUCGCCACCGACUCUACCACCCCUCACUCCUCCCCGUCCUACUCCUCCUCCACCUCCUCCUCCUUCACUGCCUCAACGACGGCCACUCCGGCGUCUGUAGCGCACUACUUCACCACAGCCGCACCUGACACAACAACAGGCAAAACCCCUGCAACCUCCAUCAUCAGAGGUGAGGGCCAGGACUACAUCUGCCCUCAUUGCGAUCGCACCUUCACAUCCCGCAUCGGCCUGGUCGAUCACUUGCGAAUCCAUCGCACAGAGACUGGCGAACCAGUGCCUGGCGCACCAACCUAUACUCACCAAGCCCGUCUCAACUGCCCACACUGCCCUCGCACCUACAGGCAUCGCAUGAGACUCUUUGGCCGCAUGCUCAUCCACGAGAGCGGAAUCGACCACAAUUCCUACACAGCCACGACACCCAUACCAUCCACCACGCCCUGA